AUGCCUCUUGCUGCAAUCAACUUCUUAAUUUCACCCAUUUCCGACAGUCCGUACAGCGUGGUGACGGUCUCUGAUCGAGCGCAGACUCCUUGUGGGUGCGCUCCUGGCUGCCCGGCUGCGUCCAUUCAUUGUCAUUGUGUUUUGUCCCCCUACACUCUACUGCGCCUGCACAAUUCCUCCUUCACAGCCAUUCGGGAGCCGGGAGUUCUUCAGCCUACUGGCAGCCGCUGUGCCGGUCCUGGGCCUGCACGAAAGUCAAUGGAGCCCGGGAUAGUCAACAGCGGUGGUGGCCCACAAGUCUUUGACACCCUACAAGCGUUCGGGGUGGCUAUAGAGCCACCCGAGCGCUUGUACGGAACAGCCAAUGGCCCCUGUUCACACCUGAGCAUUGUUUUGCUUGUCGUCAGCUGCAUGAAGCUUGAAAAAGUUAGAAAUGUUAGACAAGCCCUUCAUGUGAACACUGUGGGUUUCUACAGCACACUAGCACCCUCCAGUGAUGUGGCUGUUCAAUAUAAGCAUGGACUCCCUGUUAUAACAGUCUCCCUGCCAUCGCGGAAUGAACGCUGCCAAUUCACCAUUAAACCCUUCACAACUACAGUGGGAAAGUUCUUAAAGGACAUCCAAAAUGAGGACCAAGGAAUUGAGAAACUGGCUGCAAUAUCCACAGAUGGUGCCAAGUUCUCUUCUUCAACACUGAUGGAUGUCUUACUAAAGAAUGAUUUCCAUCUUGUCAUAAACAAUUCAACAUAUCAUGUCCAGUCUCUCCAGGCAGACAAGCAGCCCAUUCAUGAGUCUGAUGGAUUUGAUCCUGUAAAGUCUUUGAUUCAGGACCUGUAUUCAACAUUGCACUUAGAAGAACUUCAUAUACACAAAGAACACGAGCUGCUACAGAGGAUAGAAGCUAUGAAAGAAGAGCUGCUGCCACUAGAGCAGAUUAAGUUACAUAUAAUGGCUAAAUCAGAGGCCAGGACUAAGAUUCUUUUGUGGACUGGACUGGCAAUUCUGUCUACACAGGGAGGAGCUUUAGGCUAUCUCACCUGGUGGGUUUACUCCUGGGAUAUCAUGGAGCCUGUUACAUAUUUCCUUACAUAUGGAAAUGCCAUUGCCUUCGGUGCAUACUACAUUCUAACCAACAUGGACUAUGUUUAUCCAGAUGCAAGAGACCGUGAGUUCCUGCAUUUCUUCUACAAAAGAGCCAAGAAGCAGCACUUUGAUGUAGACCGAUACAAUCAGCUGAGGAAUCAACUGGCAGAGACGGAAGAAAGUUUAAGACGUCUGCAGAAUCCUCUAAAACUCAAGCUUCCAAUUGAGCAGCUACAAGAGAAAGAAUGACAUGGAAAAUUUUUAUGUAGUUUAGGAAAUUCUUUGUGUUUUAAAUAAUGUUGUAAAUUAAACUGGACCUUUUGACCACUACUUUAAGAGAUUACAAUAAAUGAUUAA